AUGGACUCUGCACACAAAGUCGAUCAGAAUGAAAAAGUCGUCUUCUCCAGUGAUGAGCCCGUCAUGAGUCCUCAGCGGGAGGAGCAAAGAUUUCCCGACAUGAACGACGUCGAAAAACACGGUGCUGGCAGAGAGUCUCUGCCAGUGCCGGAUCUGAAGCGGAAGCUCAAGAGUAGACAUUUGCAGAUGAUUGCAAUUGGCGGCACUAUUGGAACCGGUUUGUUUAUUGGUAGUGGAACUGCCAUCGCAGAGUCUGGCCCUGCUGGCGCUCUCAUCGCAUACCUCUUCGUCGGAACAAUUGUCUACUCCGUCAUGACCUCGCUCGGAGAAAUGGCGACCUACAUCCCCAUCGCCGGUGCCUUCACGUCGUAUGCCGCACGAUUCGUGGACCCGAGUCUGGGUUUUGCCAUGGGCUGGAUUUAUUGGUUUUCAUGGGCCAUCACGUACGCCCUCGAGUUAACGGCGUCUGGCCUGAUCAUCCAAUACUGGGACAAAUCCAUUUCCAUCGGUAUAUUUAUCGCCAUCUUUUGGGUCUGCAUUACUUGCCUCAAUAUGCUUCCCGUCGGCUUCUACGGAGAACUCGAGUUCUGGCUUUCUUCCAUCAAGAUCAUUACCAUUGUUGGAUUCAUGAUUUUUGCCAUCUGUAUUGAUGCCGGUGCAGGACAGCAUGGUUAUCUGGGAUUCCACACUUGGGGAAACCCAGGCGCCUUUGCACCCUAUCUGCUCGAAUCCACGGGAGCGAAAGCCAAGUUUGUCGGGUUUUGGGCCGUGUUGAUUCAAGCUGGAUUCUCGUACCAGGGCACUGAAUUGGUCGGAAUUGCAGUCGGUGAAUGUGAGAAUCCGCGCAAGACCAUGCCUGCGGCUAUUCGAAAGACCUUUUAUCGCAUUUUGCUCUUUUUCGUGCUCACCAUCUUCUUCAUCGGGCUGUUGGUACCUUAUACGAAUAAGCAGCUGCUCUCGGGAAAUACAGACGCCUCCGCAUCGCCCUUUGUCAUUGCAGCAAAUCUCGCUGGAGUCAAAGUCUUGCCCGGCAUCAUCAACGGGGUCUUGCUGACCGUGGUUCUCUCUGCUGCCAACUCCAACGUAUACAGCGGAAGCCGUAUCCUCAUCGGUCUGGCGCAGGAAGGCUUCGCGCCCCGGAUCCUCAAGAAAACAUCGCACAAGGGCGUGCCAUACUACGGGGUUGCCGUCACCUCGGCUAUCGGCCUGCUGGGUUUCUUGAACCUGUCCAACAACGGCAGCACCGUGUUCAACUGGUUCGUCAACAUAUCCAGCGUUGCCGGAUUCAUCAGCUGGUCGUCGCUGAACGGAUGUCACAUUGCCUUUAUGCGUGCGCUGGCAGCGCGCAACAUCUCGCGCGACUUGCUCCCCUACAAAGCCAUGUGGCAGCCGUACUUUGCUUGGUACGGGCUGUUUUUCAACGUGCUCAUUAUCCUCACGCAGGGAUUCACGGCGUGGAUCCCGACGUUUAGCGUGUCCGACUUCUUUAUCUCGUAUGUUAGUCUGAUUCUGUUUGUGGUGCUGUACAUUGGGCACAAGGUUUUCUAUCGCACGCGGUUUGUGCGGCCGAUAGACGCAGACCUGGACACUGGGCGCACUGAGCCGGACAACGGUGUGUACGAGGCGCAGGAGUCGACGUCGUUCUGGCGCAAGGUCUUUUGA